UUCUGCGCGUGUAUUCGGUUGCUGCUGUGUUGUUCGCGUGAGUUGUUGUUGUAGAGCUAUCAGGAUGAUAUUUUGACCACAUGCGUCAAUUUGUCAAGACGUCAGUUCCCCUACAGGCGCUAGCUGGCUAAACGCCUAAUAAUUAAUAAUAUAAAUUUGCCCUAUUACUGUGAGUAUGGACGAAUCUAACCGAGCCUCUUCUUAUCUUGACGAGCCACCAAACAGUCGGCUGUUCCUCGUUACCAGUAAAUCCAUCACAGAGGAGAUUAUCAGGGAGCAUUUCACCGCUUUCGGGGAGAUUCAGGACAUUUGGGUGGUGAAAGACAAGCAGACGAAAGAGUCGAAAGGAGUGUCGUUUGUGAAAUUCGCCAAAUCGUCGCAAGCCUGCACUGCGAUGGAGGAGAUGCACGGCAGAUGCCUGGCCGAAGGAACCAAGCCGAUAAAGGUCUUCAUCGCUCAGUCCAGGUCUUCUGGCAGUCACAGAGAUGUGGAGGACGAGGAGCUCACCAGAAUCUUUGUCAUGAUCCCAAAAGCCUUCACCGAGGAAGAUUUAAAAGACACAUUUAAGGCAUAUGGAGAUAUAGAGUAUGCUAUUAUUAUAAGGAAUAAGACCACAGGUGAAAGCAAAGGUCUGGGUUACGUGAGAUUCCACAAACCUUCACAAGCCGCCAAAGCCAUAGAAAACUGUGACAAGACUUUUAGAGCUAUUUUAGCUGAGCCCAGAACCAAAAAUGCAUCAGCAGACAAUGACUACGUCAGCAACCCCAGAUCGGAGCACUCUGGUAAUGAUCCAGGCUCUAACUCGUACAGCUUUGCACACGAGUCCAGCAGCUACGCCUCGGGGGACACGUGGAGCUCUGACGUCAUCACGCGGUGCCUGCUGGUGUCGUCCCGGGUCGCGGUCACGCAGGAGCAGAUCUGCGGUCUGUUUGACCUGAUCCCGGGGAUGGACUUCUGUGAGAUGCAGAGAGAUCAAUACGGCUUCAGCAAAGGUCAGGUGGUGGCGCGGUAUAAUAACCUGGGCUCUGCGGUUUAUGCUAAAGAGAAGCUGAAUGGGUUUGAGUAUCCGCCUGGUAACCGUCUCUCGGUAUCUUACAUAGACGAUGGGGAGGACAGGACGAGUCCUGUGGGGAAGAUGGCGAUGCAGCUUGUGGCCGCUCAGAUGAUGUCUAUGGUGUGGAACAGCCCUUCUGGGGCACAGCUAAUGAAGACUAGCGCGGGCUAUACAGCUCCCCCUGUACCUCAGAAAGCACGUGUGCAGACAGAUGUAGCUCUGCCUCCUCAGAAGAAACUGGUGGCGUCUGACAGCGUGGUGAAGGAGAGGCUGUUUGUCAUCUUUAACCCCUCACCUCUGCCUGUGGAUGUGCUGGAGGACGUGUUCUGUCGUUUUGGUUCCCUGAUGGAGGUUUACUUGGUUCCAGGCCGGAAUGUGGGAUAUAUAAAAUAUGCAGACCGCAAACCUGCUCACGACGCCAUAGCUCUGCUGCACGGUAAAGUGAUUAACGGCAUCAAGAUGAAGGUCAUGCUGGCAGACCCACCGAAAGAGGAAUCACACAAACGCCAGAGAACUUACUGACCUUUGACCUUACGACAGACUCGGAGGUUUAGAUGACAUGACGCAUGACCCCGACAUGACAGGACGGCUAUUUAUGAUGGCACGACCUCAUGUCGACGGACACUGACUGCCAUACUGCCGUUUCAGUUCUUUAAAAAGUGUUUUUACUUUCUCUCUUUUUUUCUUGUUUACUGUUAGCCAGCUGCCAGCAAUUGAGACACUCGAACACUUAAUAUUUUCAGCUUAUUUAAUUCCAUUGACAAAUUGUAGGGACUUCUUUUGUGUUCUGCAAAGGUUUGGAUCGACGAAAGUUUGAGUAAAUGAUGACCGAAUCGUUACAUGUGAACGAUCCCAGUUAACAAAGGUGACAGACAAAGAGUUUGAGCUCGUGCAUGGCCUCUGUAUGCAUCUGAUGUGUAUGGAAUGAGCAAAUAAAAAGAGUU